UCACAUUGAUGGUACAAAGAUCGGAGAGAUGAUCAAACCCAUUAGAAUUAACUAAUCACCAUCGCAAUUUAAUGGUAAUUUAUCGAGUUACAAUUAGUGUAUCAGUUAAGGAAAAUUUUCUAAUGAAAAUCAAAGUCACAUUGUUUGAUGAAUUUCCAUCAUGAUAUAAUGAUAAUGGAGCCAUCGAGUGAUUAUGAUUGGACUGAUAUCACCCAGGAGUUUAUUGAAGCAACCAAAGAGUUGAAACUCGGAGAGCUAUUACAUGAUGACAUGUUUGGCCUUUUCGAGGCGAUGUCAGCCAUUGAGAUGAUGGAUCCCAAGAUGGACGCAGGGAUGGUUUGCAAUAGAGAUAAAAAAGUUCUCAACUUUGAUCAAUCAGUGAAAGAGGGAAAAUUAAAGAUCAAAGAUUUAACCUGUGAAGAGAAAAUUGGAAUCAUUGAUGAUACUUACAGUCGACUUGUUUCUUGGUUAGAAGGUCAUUCUUUGGGUCAAACGGUGUUCACCAAUCUUUACCUUCACAAUCCACUUGCCAUUGAAGAUAAAUGUUUACGAUCUUUCAGUUUAACUAUUUUAAAAUUGGUUGAAAUAAUUCGUGACUUUGUUUAUCGAGGGAACGUAGUAGAAGAGGAAGAUUUUCAACCGGCCUUUUAUUUUCCAAUACCAGUUACUAUUACCGAUAGUAAAGUUUGUGGAAUGAUUCGUGAUGUCGAAGAAGAAAUGUCCAAAAAGGUUAAAAACUAUCAGAAAACGAUGAAUAAUUUAAACAGCGGUGGUGGUGAGAGUGGCAUCGGCGGAGGAGAUAAUAACAAUGGUAAAUUCACCAGUUGUGAUUUAAAGGAGCAAAAAGAUCACCAAUUAAACGUUGCUCUUUUUGCUAGACUUAAAUUUUCUCGUCUAUUUUACCAGUCACUGAUUAUUUUAAAAAAGGAAACUCUAGCCAAGAAUAAUUUAAAUACUACUAAUCAUCACUCCCACCACCUUCACAGCAAUCAUCCCCACCAGCAUCUUCACCAUCAAUCAAAUUCAAUGAAAGUUAAUAGUAACAACCAUCAUUGGGCGGAAGAUGCUGAUAAAUAUCUUCAACAAUCUAGUGAAACCAUCUCCGUUUGGCAACAAACCCUUUCAUUGGGAAUUAAACCUGAGCCCACCACCACAACAACCACUUCAACACCAAACUCUGAUUAUCGAGCUGAUUAUCCAACCAUAAUGGGCUUUGAACCUCUAAUUAACCAAAGGUUUUUACCUCCAACUUUUCCUCGUUACACCAAAAUGAAAUCACGUAAAGAGGCCAUCGAGUAUAUGGAAUAUCUUGUCUCCCGUAUCCGUCAUGUGAUCAAAAUAACUGACCAUUUACCCUUUCACAUGGCCCUAGACUUUUUUACCGAAUUCAGUAAAACAUCAUCACCACCGUCUUGUGUCCUUUCACGAUCUUUACUUCAAGUUUUAUACCUUCCAACUGGUACCGCUCCGUUAAGUGACCUACUCCGUGAGGAUGUUAAAAAUUUCAUCCAACCUCCUUCAAUUUAUCAGAAACCCUCCUUUUUGACCAACGAUCCAGAGGCCAGGGAAGUGGUCGAUGUCUUUUUCGACCGAUGUACCGGGCCAAUGUCAUUUUUACUUCGAAUCAAUGGUCACAAUCGUGCCCGUCAACGAGAUAAAUUGGCUCAAGUUUUGGAGGAACUGGCGACCAUUCAAGAUGAAGCCGAUAAAGUUGACUCUUACCUAAACACCAUAACCUCUAAAUUGGAUAUACCCACAAGUCAUCUAGGCUAUUUUAGCACUUGGGUACUUUAUCAUAUUCUAAGGGUCAUGAUACAAUAUUUAUUGUCCGGUUUUGAACUUGAAUUAUAUUCGACUCAUGAAUAUCCUUACAUUUUUUGGUACCUGUACGAGUUUCUCUAUGGUUGGAUGGCUUCAACUCUUUACCGAGCUCGAUCUUUCAUUGCAGAGCAAAACGCCAUCUCAGAACUUAGAAAUAAAAAUGUCAAUAAAAAGGUAAAAUCUAAAAAGCGGAAACAGAAGCCUCAUCAACGAGAAUGGUUAAUCAAUCAGGCAUUACAACAACUCUGUGGUGGCUACUUUAAAACGGUCAGCGCUUUCCGGUUAGAGGGUAAAUUGAAAAGUCCAUGGUCGGGUAAUAAUAGGGAACAAAGCAGGUACGAACAUAGAUUUGGACCAUUUAAAGCCAUUUCCGCUCCACCGCCAGUUUCGUAUUUACAAUAUCGAGGAGCCAUGGAGGUGGAAAACUGUACCAUUGAUGCUAAGGAAAAGGCCGCUGAGUUUUAUGCAACAGCCUGUAAAUGUUUCCAACAAGCUAAAGUACUUUUUGAAACUGUACCCGAUCCAAAUGAAGAGAUUUCAUCUUUCAUCAAGGUUGCCAAAACCAAUUUUAUUGUGAUUAAACUUUUGUUAAGUGGACAAGGAAAUACAAAGACUUUACCGGAGUUUGAUUUUAGCAUAAAUAACAAAUUCCCAGUUAUUCGGAUUCUGUGAAUUUUAUUUCUUAGGAAGUGAUUUGAAGGCGUGGAAGUUCAUAUAUAAAUAAAAUGUUUAUCAAUCACCAGAAUAUUAUUGUAAAAGCCAUGAUAAAACAAGAAGCUGAAACCCAGGGGCUUAAUCUUUCACCGAUUCGUGCAGCCUUCCAAAAAAUCCCAAGAACACUAAUGAGAGAGAGAGAGAGAAAAAAAAAUCAACAGAAUUAUAAGAAAAUAGAGAAAAAAAGUAAAUCAAUUAAAUCAAAUGCGAUAAACAUA